AAAAAAUCACUGAAAAUGGCAGAUAACGACAGAAAACGAAAGCAUAACCGAUGGAAUCAAAAAGUUAAACAAAAAUCUGUGGAAGCCGGAGUGACCGGACUAUUCUUUUCCUGCGAAGGCCACGAAAAGCAGGCCCUACAAGAAGCCUACAGUAUUAUUGACGAGCUUCUCGAAGACCCGGCGAAUGGAAUCUCUCUUAAAGCACCAGAAGCUGCUCCACAAGGCUCAGAAGCACCCGGAAAUCCAGCAGAAGCUGAAGAUUCCGAUGAAGACAUUGCCGAUGCGUUGAAAAAGGCUUGUGAUGAUCAGAGGCAGCCGAAGCCGGGAAAUUUCGUGAAAAAAGAGAGAAGAUGCAUUCAAAGACCGACGGGAGUGAAGAAUUGCAUUUUUGUGAGCGUGAAAAACGCGAAUAUUCAACUUUUAGCCGAAAAAAUGGUCGAGCUGACGCAAAAAGCUCCGCGUUGCAGGUUUUUGCAACGAGUUUACCCGGUGGAGCAUACUUUAGCUGUGGAUCUUUCAAAAAUGAAUGAAGUUUUGAUGAAGGUAAUCUCCGACACAUUGAAGGCAGACGGCACUGGCAAACUUCCCACGUAUUCCGUGGAAUUUAAAGCGAGAAAUAACGAUUCUGUGGCGAAGAAUUCCGUGCUCCAAAUGGUCGAUGACGCCGUUUGUGCGCUGGCUCCGACUGCGAGAGUUAGCCUAAAUCACGCCGACGUCACAUUCUUCGUUCAAGUAUCUCGUACGACAAUUAUGGUUGGCGUGUGCCGGCAAUUUUACGACCGCCGAAAGUAUAGUCUUCGUGCGACGCCGGCAGCGGCAGCGACAUAAGUCUCUUCUUCGACCUUUUUCCCCCUUUCACCCAGCGCCUCAUUGGCUCAGUGGCAGAGCGUCUGUCUAGUAAACAGAAGGUCGCUGGUUCGAUUCCAGCAUGAGGCACCGAAUUUUUUUUGUUUUUUUCAUUUGUUCUGUUAAAAUACUUUGGCUAUUUAUUUGUUAAAAUACAUGAAAUUUGAGAUUCGAUU